AUGAAGGCUCCCCAGCUGGGCACUCUGAUGGGCGUGUACCUGCCCUGCAUCCAGAACAUCUUCGGCGUGAUCCUGUUCCUCAGGAUGACCUGGAUGGUGGGGAUCGGAGGGGUCAUCGGCUCCUUCAUCAUCGUCUUCAUCUGCUGCUCCACCACCAUGCUGACUGCGAUCUCUAUGAGUGCCAUCGCUACCAAUGGAGUGGUUCCAGCUGGAGGAUCCUACUACAUGAUCUCCCGCUCUGGGCCUGAGUUUGGUGGUGCUGUGGGCAUCUGCUUCUACCUGGGGACCACCUUCGCUGGAGCCAUGUACAUCCUGGGCUGCAUCGAGAUCUCGCUGACCUAUAUCCUGCCCCAGGCGGCCAUCUUUAAGAUGGAGGGUCUUGAGGGGCCCGAGGCGGAGGCGGCCCUGCUCAACAACAUGCGUGUGUACGGCACCAUCGUGCUCAGCUUCAUGGCUCUGGUGGUGUUCGUGGGGGUCAAGUACGUCAACAAGCUGGCUCUGCUCUUCCUCGCCUGCGUAAUCCUGUCCAUCAUCGCCGUCUACGCCGGGGUCAUCAAGACCGCCAUCGACCCACCCGACUUCCCUGUGUGUAUCCUGGGGAACCGGACUCUGGUGUGGAAGAACUUUGACGUGUGUGCCAAGACGGUGGAGGUGGCUAACGGCACCGUCACCACUCAGCUCUGGAAGAUGUUCUGUGAUUCGCCGCUCCUCAACGCCACCUGUGAUGUGUACUUUGCCGCCAACAAUGUGACCAGUAUCCAGGGAAUCCCUGGGGUGACCAGCGGAAUCCUCAGGGAGAACCUGUUUGGGAACUACCUUGAGAAGGGUUCCCUGGUGGCCAAGCUGGGCAUGGAGUCUGUGGAGUCAGUAGACGACCCCUUAACCAACUCCAACCGCUACGUCCUGGCUGACAUCUCCAGCUUCUUCACCCUGCUGGUCGGGAUCUACUUCCCCUCCGUCACAGGGAUCAUGGCUGGUUCUAACCGGUCUGGGGACCUGCGUGAUGCACAGAAAUCCAUCCCCAUCGGUACCAUCUGUGCCAUCACAACCACCUCCUUAGUUUACAUGUCCAGUGUGUUUCUGUUUGGAGCCUGCAUUGAUGGUGUGGUGCUCAGAGACAAGUUUGGAGAGGGGGUGAAUGGGAACCUGGUGAUUGGUACACUUGCCUGGCCCUCACCGUGGGUGAUUGUGAUUGGCUCCUUCUUCUCCACCUGUGGGGCGGGGCUUCAGAGUUUGACUGGCGCUCCACGUCUUCUGCAGGCCAUCUCCCGGGACGGCAUAGUGCCGCGUCUCCAGAUCUUCGGCCACGGCAAGGCGAACGGGGAACCCACAUGGGCUCUGCUGCUGACAGCGUGUAUCUGUGAGAUCGGCAUCCUGAUCGCCUCCCUGGACGCCGUGGCGCCCAUCCUCUCCAUGUUCUUCUUGAUGUGCUACAUGUUUGUGAACCUGGCCUGUGCUCUGCAGACCCUUCUGAGGACCCCUAACUGGAGACCUCGCUUCAAGUUCUACCACUGGGCUCUCUCCUUCCUGGGGAUGAGCUUGUGUCUCUCCCUCAUGUUCAUCUGCUCCUGGUACUACGCCAUUAUUGCCAUGGUGAUCGCUGGCUGUAUCUACAAGUAUAUCGAGUUCGCCGGGGCAGAGAAAGAGUGGGGUGAUGGGAUCCGUGGGCUCUCUCUGAGCGCUGCGCGCUACGCUCUGAUGAGGCUGGAGGAGGGGCCGCCACACACAAAGAACUGGAGACCACAGCUGUUGGUUCUGGUGAGCACUGACGCGGAGCAGAACGUGGAGCAGCCACGCUUGCUGUCCCUGACCAACCAGCUGAAGGCUGGCAAGGGCCUCACCAUCGUGGGCACUGCCAUGCAGGGCACCUACCUGGAGAACCACCCACAGGCCCAGAAAGCUGAGCAGGCCCUGCGUAAGACGAUGGAGACAGAGAAGGUGAAGGGCUUCUCCCAGGUGACUGUGUCCUCGAACCUGCGGGAUGCCACCUCCCACCUGCUCCAGGCCAGCGGCCUGGGAGGACUCAUGCACAACUGUGUGCUGGUCAGCUGGCCUCGCAACUGGAAACAGGCUGAGGAGAACCAGGACUGGAGGAACUUCAUAGAGUUGGUUCGGGAGACCACAGCGGCCAGCCUGGCCCUGCUGGUGCCUAAGAACAUUGCAGCGUUCCCAUCCAACGGUGAGCGCUUCACUGAGGGUCACAUCGAUGUCUGGUGGAUCGUCCACGACGGAGGCAUGCUGAUGCUGCUUCCCUUCCUUCUGCGCCAGCACAAGGUGUGGAGGAAGUGUAAGAUGCGCAUCUUCACCGUGGCCCAGUUGGACGACAACAGUAUCCAGAUGAAGAAGGACCUGACUACCUUCCUGUACCACCUCCGCAUCGACGCCCAGGUGGAGGUGGUCGAAAUGCAUGACAGCGACAUCUCAGCCUACACCUACGAGAAGACCCUGGUGAUGGAGCAACGCUCGCAGAUCCUCAAGCAGAUCAACCUGACCAAGACGGAGCGGGAGAGAGAGAUCCAGAGUAUCGCAGACUCCUCCCGUGGGUCGAUCCGUCGUAAGACCCCUGUCGCCGUGACGACCCAGCUCAGCGUGCCGGAGGAGCAGCCGGGGGGCAGCAAGGAGGAGAAACCUGAGGAGGAGGUCCAGCUCAUCCAUGACACCACCACCCCGGCCAGCCCGGUCACCCCUGCCUCCCCCCUGACCCCCACCACUGAGAGCACCCUGACUCCUGGCACGCAGGUCCAGAUGACCUGGACGGAGAAGUCUGACGGCGAGCCUGCCAAGCCGGCAGGGGCAGCCACGCCCGAGGGCAUCAAGGACAUCUUCAACAUGAAGCCAGAAUGGGAGAACCUCAACCAGUCCAAUGUGAGGCGCAUGCACACAGCGCUGCGGCUGAACGGUGCCAUCCUGAAGAAGUCCCAGGAUGCCAAGCUGGUGCUGCUCAACAUGCCCGGCCCACCCAAGAACCGCGCGGGAGACGAGAACUAUAUGGAGUUCCUGGAGGUCCUGACAGAGGGUCUCAACCGGGUCCUCCUGGUCCGUGGUGGAGGCCGUGAGGUCAUCACCAUCUACUCUUGAGAGAUCAGCUGCCCCCCCCUGCCCCCCCCCCCCCCACGCACACCUCACCCAGUACUAAUUUUCAUUUGUUCAUGUACAAGUUUAAUCUCACACUCCAUGACACUCCAUGGCCAGCUUCAUUAUCAGCUUC